AUGGUUGUGGUAGAAGCAGAGUGGACUCCUGAUAAAAUUCCGGCGAGGGUCCAACGGCGCAAGCCAGCUCUGGGCGGCGAGAAGAUAUCAUCGUCUCAAAAUCUGAGCCACAUUUUCAACCAGGCCUCACAUAUAAAGAAUGCCCGAAUGAACCUGAUGCGGAGGCGAAAGCGGGACUUUUUAACCCGAAUAAACUAUACGAAUACAUUUACUGUGGCUGUCUUGCCGGCAUUGGCAUUGGUGUAUGUUUUCUUCUAUGCCAAAUCACUUUUACCUGAAAAUUCUGCCACUUUCAAGUUCUCUUUCAUCUACUAUCAUGUGAUGCUAUUGGCAUUUUCCGCUGGAUAUCACAAAUGCUUUGCCCAUAAUACCUAUAGAGUCAAGUACGGGGUACUUCUGUGGUAUUUUGCUAUUUUUGGGGCUGGAAUUGGCCUUGGUUCCAUUCGUUGGUGGGCUACUUUACAUCGGGCUCACCACCAAUAUACCGAUGAUACCGAGCGUGAUCCAUACCUGAUCAAGAGAGGUUUCGCCUGGGCACAUUAUGGGUGGCUAAUAAGAAAACCAAAAAUUGUUCAAUUUUAUGAAGAUUUUGUGCAGCAUGAAUUUCCUGAUGAGCAGAGCGUGAUUCAGAAUGAAAUCGACGACAACAACGAAGAUGACUUUUUUGAUGAGAUUGAUUCAGAGAAGAGAGCUUACCAAGAACAGAUGAGACUGGUUGUGUUGCAGCAGGAAAGACUCUAUCUUGUUUUUUGGUUCAUUAGUACCAUUGUCAUACCUGUUCUCGUCACAGUUACCAUAUGCAACGAUACUGUGAUCAAUGGCCUUUUGUACCCUGGCAUUCUUCGGAUGUUCAUUUCUCAGCAGCCCAUUCUUCUCACGCAGUCUGUCUGUCACCUUAAACAUAUUCAAGCAACAAUUCCUACCCAGCCAUUCAAUGAUAAGAAUUCAUCGCAAAAUUGCAAUAAUCCUCUUAUGGCAUUCCUUACUUAUGGAAACGCAGCACAGAACUAUCAUCAUGAGUUUCCCCACGACUACCGUUCACAAUCGUCACACCUAGCUUAUGAUCCCACCAAGUGGUUCAUAUGGAUAUUGAGCAAAAUCGGUAUGGUUGACGAACUCUGUAAAACCCCAAAAGAUCUCAUUACACAGCUUCAAAUCCAGCAACAACAGCGAGUAAUUAAUAGAAUGAAGAGCCAGCUCAAUUGGGGCACACCAAUCUCCAAGCUUCCUCUCAUUACUCCCAAACAGUUCAAGGACAUACUUGCUUCUGCCAGUCACAGUGGCCGCAUUUACAUCAUUAUUCAAAAAGUGAUACACGAUAUCACCCCCUUCAUGAACCAGCAUCCCGGCGGAAUUCAGUUGUUGAAAGCGUCCCAUGGCUUAGAUGCUACCAAGGCAUUCUACGGUGGAGUCUACGGACAUCUGACGGCUGCUGUCAACCUCUUGGCUACGAUGAGAAUCGGGCUUUUGGAUGAUGGAAAUGACGAAGAUGUGUGGAGAAGAGUAGCCAAGGAGCAACGAGAAGUAAAUGAUGACCACCAGAGUAAACUGUAUAAAUCAGCUGAGGCGGCCUAA